UUACAAGAUGAAAGUACAUAUAUUGUGGGAACUAUUUCAUCGUUUGUCACCACGUGUCCGCGAUCGAGUAUACCUUUAUGUGAGUCAAUUUACCUAAAAAUAUCCUGACAAACGAGUGGAACAGUGUAUCAGUAAGUGCGUUAGGAUUAUACAAAAAUGGAUUUUUCUCAAUAUCGGAAAGCUCUAGUUUACGUUUUAACUUUUCUGGCUUACGCGUGGUCAGGCUACGGUGCUGGUUUAUUAUCAAAUUUAAAGGAUGCUGUAUUAGCAGCAGAAUCGGUAUUUCAAGAUUUAUUUGAAAAUGCAAUUACCGUAGCUAGGAAAAUUAAGGAUAUACACGAAGUGUUCGAUGCAGCGGUGGAAGAGAACUGUAUCUUUCAAUGCCCAGGAGGGGUCACACCGAAACCAGAUUGGAAUCAUAAACCUCAAAGUAACGGAUGUGGUUCUUUAGGAAUUGAAAUAAACCAGGAGUACCUACCUCUUACGGAAAUGACGAAAUGUUGUGAUGCGCAUGACAUUUGUUAUGACACUUGUAAUUUGGAUAAGGAGAAAUGUGAUUUAGAAUUCAAGAGGUGUCUGUACAAAUAUUGCGAUGGAUAUCAAUCGGCUGCGAUAAUAAAUACGUGCAAAGCUGCUGCGAAAAUGCUUUUUACCGGUACAACUGCUUUGGGAUGCAAGAGUUACAUGGAUGCGCAGAAGAAUGCUUGCUACUGUGGAGAUAAAUGGAAUAAGAAACCGAAAAAAGCUGCUCAAGCUGGUGGAGAAUUGUAGAAAUAAUUUUAUAGAAUACUUAACAUUUGUAAGAUGCUAAUUACCCUCAUACCUCGUUUGUGAAUUUCUAAUAAAUAAAUACGUUUUGUAUUUACCAUUACAUUGCAUACAUGAUAAAUAUUAUUUUUUUUUAUAAAAUAUUAUUUUAUCGAGAAUUGUAUUAAUAUUUUUAAACAAAUAUGUAUAUACGUAUAUUGUAUAUACUUAAUGAUACACAUAGAAAUAUAAGUUGGUUUUCUGAUUAUUA